AUGGAGUGGCUCAAGAAGAAGGGCAUGGCCAAGGCGGACAAGAAGGCUGGAAAUGUGUCGGUGGAGGGCGUCAUCGCCUCCUACGUGCACUUCAACAGCAAGCUGGGCGUGCUUGUGGAGGUGAAUUCCGAGACGGACUUUGUGGCCCUGAACGACAUCUUCAAGGAGUUUGCCAACGACGUUGCCAUGCAGAUUGCUGCCUCACCGGAGGUUGCCUUCGUCUCAGUGGAUGACAUUCCUGAGGCGUUUAUGGCCAAGGAGAAAGAAUCUGAGAUGGCCAAGGAGGAUUUGGAGGGGAAGCCGGAGAACAUCAAGGAGAAGAUUGUCGCUGGUCGCCUCAGGAAGAAGCAGGAAGCCUUCGCCUUGCUGAGCCAGACAUGGCUCAAGGAUGAGGACAAGACAGUGCAGGAGGUGCUCAAGGAGAAGAUCGCGAAGAUCGGAGAGAACAUUGUGAUCCGCCGCUUCGUGCGCCUGAAUCUUGGAGAGGGUCUGGCGAAGAAGGACGACGACUUUGCAGCUGGCGUGGAAAAGGACCGAGCUGGCCAAGUAUCGAUGAGCCGGCAAAGGCGGACCUUUCGAGCUACGGGUUGCAGCUACCAGUGCAACUGCGGAGGGGCGGCGAUCUACGAGGACGCCUCAGGAGUAGUGGAGGAGUUGUCCCCCGAAGAUUCGACAAGCCUAUCCUUGGGCAUUGCCAACUACUUUCUGAUCAUCGGGAUCACGGUGCCCUGCAACGACCAGAAGCUGCUGCGGAGCACCUUGCGCCAGCUCAAUGCCCUCAGCGAGCGCACGGAGACAGAGACGCCCGCAACGGAGACCGGGAGGAGGGACACGGAGGAGUCGCCCAGAGGGAGGUCGCAGUCCGCGUCGAUGAUGUCCAGCUGGUCCCAGACCGACACGCCCCCAGCCUCGGAGAUGGCGCCGCGCUGGUCCACGGUGACCUCGGCCACGGUGAUGACGGAGGCCACCAACGCCACGCAGGCCACCCAGGCCUCGAACGUGACCCGGAGAUCUACUGUGGGGCAAAAGCCGGGCUGCAGAAUCAAGGCGCUCUCCCGCGCAGCGAAGAUUGGGGGCCGCCUGGUGCCGGCCGGCGCCGUAGUGGACUCCAUCCGCUACGUGCCGCCAGGCACGCGAGUGGAGGACUCUGUGGCGGAGACGCCCGAGGACUUCUUGAACCGCCUCAGCCGGGGCCGAUUCUCCGGGAAGGGAGGCAUCCUCCGCGACGCGCGCGGGGUGCUGAUUCUGGAGUUCCAGCGGCCAGAGGACCCCUUGGACGUGCACAUGGAGCUGGCAGAGCUGGUGCUCAGUCGGGAUGAGGUGCCUCAGGAGCAGCUGGCAGAGGGGACGCUGGACUGCCCCGCAGGCAUGCGCAUCAGGCAGAAAGUGGAGUGGACGAGGUCGGUCUACACGGAGCGUGCCAAGGCCUUGGUCUGGGAGGUGGGAGACUUUGUGCUGCCGCUGGACGUGUGCUUCAGCUUCCCGGUGGAGCCCUUGCAGCUGCAAGUGUGUCCAAAGCCGGACUGGGGCUGCAUGCAGCAGGUCUUAGUGCUCAACCGCGGCGGCCAGCAGUGGCUGCUGCAAGCGCAGGAGCUUCACCACCACCUGGGUCUCUCCGGAGAGGCAGCAGUCAAGAGAAGGAAGCAGAAGAUUCAGGAGGAGAACACAGUCCUGGCGACACUGGAGGAUGAGUCCUCCGAGGACGAGCUGUUCGAAGAUGAGAUGGAACUGGAGCGUGCUGCGAAGCGCACAGGAAAAGGUAGCGGCUCGGAGGGCCACUUUGGGGCCCGCAGCGCCUGGCGCACCAAGAGCGGCGGCGUGGUCUUUGUCCACGACUUCAGCUGCUUCGGAGGCACCCUGGAGCUGGUGGGGCGCCCCCAGGACAUUAAGGCGGUGGAGAAAGGGGAGCUGCUGGGGCAGCAAGUCUUGUGGCACCCGCCCAAGCCCCGGCGGCUCUCCAUGAAGGAGAAGCCUGAAGGCAGCACAGCCAGCACAGAGGAGCCGCCCCCGGAGCCACUUCGAGGCUGGUUUGAUGGAAACACGCUCUUCUGGGAGCCGAAGACCAAGCUGCUAGGCGGCGUCAGCGAGGCAGCACGGGAGGUGCACAGCAUCCACGAAGCUGUGGGAGUGCCCAUGGACGGUGAGCUACCGCCAGGGCCCUGGCGACGCAUCACCAGCGCGCUGGAGCCUGAAGGCGUUCCAGGCCCGGACGGGGGCCUUUGGCGCCUGCAGAUGGCCUUCUACGCGGAUUGCCAUGGGCCGCUGCCCUUGGAAUACCUGGAGAAGCUCGGGGCCUACCAGGCGGGGCCUGGAGCCCGGGAGCUCUACCUCCGCAGCCGCCGGGACGCGCGGCCCCAGGACACGGAAGCUGCCAAGACCGAAGCAGCCGAGCAAGACGAAUGGUUAGAGGAGUGGCAGUCUGAGGAGGAGGACUAUCCUUUGGAGGCACUCGGCUUGGUGGAUGUGUCGCCCAAGGCAGUCGCAUUCGAGGACAUCAUGCCCAACCUCCAGCGUGGCUCUGCUCCGCGCCUCCAGACCUUCGACUCGUAG